AUGUCGGUCCUCCCAGAGAAUGGACACAUCGAUCUUGGAAGCAUUUGGUACCUGAAGGGUGCAGGGAGUGUGCAAACCGCGAUGGCAGUCGUGCUUGCUUUCCACAAGCUGGGGAAAGAGGUCCCACAAGUUUUGAAGAACUCCUUGCAACGGAUCAAGUGCAAACACAUCCGACUGAAAGACCAAAAAACUGAGCUGUUCUUCAAUAUGAAGCGGAGUGCAAAAAACAGCAUCCGGAAUGAGGAGGCUCCACGGCAUGACAGAAUCGUGGGACUCAAACAGACUGCUGUGAAGGUGUUGUUGGAGUUGCCAGAUACUGCCCGCAACUGCAUUCUACAGACUGUGAGCUUCUAUGGUUGGGAAAGCUCCUUGGGUGCCAAGUUCUUGGGCCGCCUUCGCAGUGGAGAUCUGACUCUGCAAAUGGAGCUGUCAUCGGCCUGUGCAGCGCGGGAUGAGAGUAUCCUGGAGAUUCUGAAUGAACUCACACCUGGAAAAGUGGUUGCAGAUGGGAAGGCGGAAGCUGCCCUCCACAAAUCCGCAGCUGAGCUAGAUAGUGCUGGCUACCAGCUGCUCAUGGAGGAAAUUGCCUAUGAUGAGCGUUGUUUGCAGGUGUUCCAGGGCAAGGUGUCCAACUUUGAGAUCCGGGUUACCCAGUUGAAGGAUUCAUGGCGACAAAAGCGAUUCGAGCAUGCAAUGGGUGCAACUCAGAAAUGGUUGGAUUCCAAUGUCGAGUCCUUUGCAUGGCCAUCAAAGUUUGAUUCUGGGUCUGCUUUGACAAUGAUGAAGCGUCUUGAGGAUGCCCUGCUCUUCAUUUGCAACUAUGCAGCCCCAAGCCUGAUCAAAUCUGAUGUCACCGCAGGAACAUUCAGUAUGAUUGGGCAUAUGCUGGGUUCACAGACCUUUGGUGCUAACAGUUGUGGGCUUAUGCUUUGCCCUGUGUUCUCCUACCAGAAGCACAAGUUGUUUGUUGAGGAUUGGCUCUGGCGCGAUUCAUCUUUGUGCAAAUUGCGCCGGAAUGUUGCUGAGGCCAAGCAGUUGGCAGGGAAACACAUGAUUCAAGUGGAAGACAUGUCCCCCACUGCACUCCCUGCUACAACAGACAAUCCUAUCCAGGGGGCCCAUAAGUAUGCCCAAGUGGGGCCUGACGCAGCCAAAAAACUUCUUCAGUCUGCAGUCGAAGGUGUUGCCUUUGGGAACCAGCUUGCACUAAUGCUGGUGGACUGCACGCCCUUGGUGGGGAACUUCUUUGAGGGGUUUAUCGAUCUUGCCAAUGACCUCAAUGUUCCAUUGAAGUAUGCUCCCAUCUUUGCUGAUGAUUCUGCUGAAGAGUGGUUCUUCAGUUAUUUUCAGCAGGAGCUUGUUCGCCGCUUCCAGUUAAAUGACUUCAAGAUCCGCAAUGUUGACAGGUUGGCUGAAGAACCGCCGCCAGCCCACAUGGAGUCCAAGCCGGAACCACCGCUGCUCAAGCGCUGUGUUUGGGGCAAGGUGAAUGGUGAGAUCAGCACCAUUGAGAUUCCGGAGGCAGAGGUGAAGAAGUGGUGGGGGAAGGAUGAGUGGAGGGUUUUUGUGCAGGACUUUCAGGACCGACACCCGACUGUCAAGAAGUUGGAGAAGGCUACCCCCAAAUCUUCUGGCACCACUCCAUCCACCACUCCGGUCCCGAGAAAGCGCAGCCUGGAAGUUGACUACUCCCAGUGUGUUGUGGUUGAAGAUGAUGCUCCUGGCAGUGUGACCAUUGCAAAUGGAUCUGUCCUUGCUGGAUGGGGCAAAGGGAAAUUCCGUGAGAGGGGGCAAAAACCAUGUGAUGAGAAUGAGUUGGAGUUCCUAUGCACCUCCGAAACCAUGGUACACAUUGACAAUAAGUGCUUGAGCCUAUCAGACCUCUUGGAUUCUGAGAAGGAGUCUGCAAAGGUUGCAUACUACAAGGUGUCCAAGGAUCCAGAUGGAAAAUGGAACUUCAAGCAGGAUGGGUCUGGGGUUGGUUGUGUUGUUGAAAGAAAGGGUUGUGUGUGUUGA